AUAGAAGCGUUCUCCACCGGUCCGUCGGGAACGGUCGUCGCCGCUCUCCCCUCUCUCCCUCACUCUCUUCUGGCUCUUCUCUUUCCGUCCCGCUUCUCCCCUCUUAUCUCUUCUUCCUCCUCCCUCCGUGGGGCCGGAAAUCGCUGACGCCCUCCCCUUCUCUCCCCUCCCUCUUUCGCUUUCUCUCCAGCUAGAAAACUGGACUCGAACCGAAAGACUACAUCAGAAAUCUCUGCAGACCGUGACCACAGUGCAAGAAUGUUUUAGAAUCUGAAUAAUGAUAAAAAUUUUCAACGCUGAGGACCGAAAACAGGAGGAUGCAACAAAUUCCAAUGGAAAAGCUUCUGUCCAAAAGCAAAGUCUUGAAGCAUCGUGCCAUCAUAAAGGUUGAUGAUUCUCAUCCUUUUUUCUGGAACACCAUCAUUAGAAGCUAUGUGCAAGGUCACAAACCAUGGGAAGCCAUAUAUUUUUUCCGUCAGAUGCUGCAGAGAAACGUUUCUCCUGACAAAUUCACGUUCCCUUUUAUACUUAAAGCCUGUGCGAGUGCUGCGGCACUCAGAGAAGGUGAACAAAUCCACUGUCAUAUUUUAAAGAGUCCUCAUAACUUCGACUUGUUUGUGCAGGGCUCUUUGAUAUUCAUGUACGCCAGCUGCCAAAAGAUUGAUUCUGCACAUGCUUCAUUUGGUGCAAUGCUCUACAAGAAUUUGAUCAGUUGGAACAUGAUUAUCGAUGCUUAUGUCAAACAUGGAAGCAUUAUUACUGCAUUUGAGUUGUUUGUUCAGAUGCCAGAACGUGAUUUAUUCUCCUGGAAUAUAAUGAUCCAUGGAUUCACAAAAAAUGGUCAGAUAGAAUCAGCAAGAAGGCUGUUUGAUGAGAUGCCCAUGAGAGAUAUUGUCUCAUGGAAUUCCAUCAUUGAUGGAUAUGCUAAGUGCAGAGAUAUGAGAGCUGCAAGGAAACUGUUUGAUGAAUCUCCUAUCAAGGACGAAGUGACCUGGGGAAUUAUGCUUAAUGGGUAUGCAAAGUGUGGUCAAAUCACUAUUGCCCAUAAUUGGUUUGAAAAGUUGCCCUAUAAGAAUUCAAUCAAUUGGAACUGUUUGAUCGAUGGAUAUGUUAGAUGUGGUAAUAUCAUAUUAGCACAUAAGUUAUUUGAUCUGAUGCCUAAUAGAAAUGUAACUUCAUUUAACAUCAUGCUGGAUGCCUAUAUGAAGCAAGGAGAAUUGGGACUUGCAUGUGAAAUAUUUGAUAAUAUGCCUGUGAAGGAUGUUGUCUCUUGGAAUAUCAUGAUCGAUGGGAUCGCUAGACUUGGAAGAAUCACAGUAUCGAGAAAGCUGUUUGAGACCAUGCCAUGUAGGGAUGUGGUCUCAUGGAAUACAAUGAUUGCUGGCUACAAGGAUAAUGGAGAAUCCAAAGAAGCUGUUGAACUAUUUACCAAAAUGAAUAUGCUAGGAGAAAAGCCUGAUUGCUCUACUUUAGCUAUUGUUCUUUCUGCUAUUGCUGACUUAGGUUUUUUCCUCCAAGGUAGAUGGGUUCAUGCAUAUAUUGAUAGGUAUAACAUCCCUCUGGAUGGUGUUGUUGGUGUUGCUCUCAUAGACAUGUAUUCCAAGUGUGGUUAUGUUGAUAUCGCUCUGAGCAUCUUUGAUGACGUCCCUCGAAAGGAAAGGGAUCAUUGGAAUUCAAUAAUAUCUGGGUUAGCAGUGCAUGGCCAUGGUAGUCUAGCAAUCUCCUUAUUUCAAGACAUGGAACAAUCGAUGGUUGGACCAGAUGAUAUAACUUUCAUUGGUCUUUUAAGCGCCUGCAGUCAUGCUGGCUUAGUUUAUGAGGGUCAGUGGUAUUUUAAGCAUAUGAGCUUAAAAUAUGGAAUAAGUCCCAAGAUCCAGCAUUAUGGCUGUAUGGUAGAUCUUCUAAGCCGUGCAGGCCAUCUAGAGGAAGCAAUUGCACUGGUGAACAACAUGCCAGUAAGUGCUAAUGACAUUAUUUGGAGAGCCCUUCUUGGUGCUUCUAGGAAUCACGGAAAUAUUGAAAUCGCUGAAUUUGCAGCAAGACAACUUAUCGAGUUGGUUCCUCGUGAUAGUAGCUCUUAUGUGCUAUUGUCUAACAUAUAUGUGUUCAGAGAUCAACAUGAAUCUGCCAAGGAACUAUGGAAAACUAUGAAGAAAAAGGGAGUGUCUAAGACCAUUGGUUGUAGCUGUAUUGAAAUUCAUGGAUUUCUCCAUGAGUUUACUGUGGGACACAAUUCACACCCACAAAUCAAAGAGAUAUACCUUUUACUCAACAACAUGACUCAAGCAUUGAGGUUAGAAGGUUAUUUGGCAGACGUGAGAUGCUCAUUGUUUGACAUUGAGCUGUAGAUAUGCUUUUGUUUGAAAUAUUGGAGCAGUUUCUUAUUUGUUCUUUUACCAUCAACACAGAAGGCUGUCUAUUUACCAGAAAUGAUUGAGGUGUAAACGGUCAUUGUAGUAGAUUGAGGGUGACAAUAGGUUGAAGUACAUUCUUUGUUCUAGUGGGUCAUCAGAUUGGCCUAAAGAUUAGGAUUUAAUGCUGAUCCCUGUCUCCCUGAUAUAAUCAUAUACUAACAAGGAACACAUUAGACCUCUUAUUCUUGUACUAAUGAGUAAUGACUAUAUCAUCAUUCAUAUUAUUUAAACCAUCAUGAUA